ACACACACAGGGACAGAAGGUUCGAUAUUCAUUCGAUCGAUGAAUGAAAAGGCACAAUGGCAAAAUCGGACGGGCUCCUUUUCAAAUCCACGUCUCCAAUGUCCCCCCCACCACCCCUCCACAGUCUGCAGUCGCUGGGCGGCUGGCGAUGCAGGCAGAGAGAGAAAGAGAGAGAGAGGAGAGCAAGGGUUACAUCAAGGCUGCUCCCUGGACCGUGCAAACAAGUCUAGACCAGUGACCUGUUCAAUGGCUCCUUUUGAGGAGUGGGGCAAGUUCGGUCAGAGCGAGGAGAAAGGCAGGCAGAGCCUCUUUUCACUGCCGAAGCAGCUCACAGCCCGCGAUCGACAGGAGAGAGAUGAUCUAAAAAGCCAGGCAGCGAAACCCAAUGAGCAAGACACAACUGCGAAGGGAGCCCCGGCAGUUGUCUCUCUUUCCCUGCGCGCAGAGAGUGAUGAGGAGGAAGAGGAAGAAGAAGGUUGGAGUGGGGGGGGUGUGUGUGUGGGGGAGGUGGUUCUGCGCAGAGCAGCGAGCAGCAUCAAGCCGCCCCCCCCCCCCCCCCCUCCCCGCAGCGCCUCAUUAGCAUGCUGCAGCUGUUGCUCAGGUGACAUGGCCGCUGGAGCCGGUCCCGACUGCAGGAGGAUCAGCAGCAUGGCGGGGAGCGGGAUAGCAGGUAAGGACAGUGAGAGCAGGAGGGAGAAGAGGGCGAGAGAUGGGAGAUGGGACAGCACACACUUACACACUUACGCGCUGUUUUGAUUCAUACACACAUAUAUGUUCAUGUUCAAGUUCAGCCUCCCUCUCAGAGCCAACCAGUGAAGCACAGUGUGCGUUUUAUCUAAUUAAAGUAUCACUACGGGCAGAGAUGGGCUACUUGAGUUAUUGUAGUAAUAACGUGGCUUGUGCAGUUUUAUCUGUGUUAAUAAAACUGCGCAUUUUACAUGGCGCAGUCUGCAAAAUGCAUUACACUUCAUUAUAACCUGCACUUUGUAUCUCCAUAGAAAAUGUUAUAUUUGCCCAUGCUACAGUUUCUACUUUUUAUAUUUGUACAGAAUGAUUUCAAUAAAUGCCUCUGU